AUGGGUUCAUGGCUAUAUGCAAAAAACAAUAUGCGAAAUUCCUCCAAUUACAGUUACUUUUCCAAAGAAGAAGAAAAUACUAUAACACAAAGGUCAAGAUUCAACCCUUACGACCACCUCAACAUCAAGCUCAACCCAGAUGGUACGCUCAAUCGAGGCCAAGCCCGCCCCACAAUCGAGGCAAACCCCAAUGGGGACCCUGUGGUCUCCAAAGACAUCACUCUCAACGUCAAAACUAAGACAUGGGUUCGUAUUUUCCGACCAACAAAAUUGCCUUCCAAUAAUGACAACACCAUCGCUCGACUUCCCAUUGUAAUUUACUGCCACCAUGGUGGCUGGAUUCUCUUAAGUGCAGCUGACUCUGAUGCCCACACAAACUGUGAGGAAAUUGCGAGCGAGCUUCUCACCAUUGUUGUUUCCGUGAACUAUCGUCUAGCACCCGAGAGUCGACUCCCAGCGCAGUACGAAGAUGGUGUCGAUGCUAUCAACUGGGUUAAAGAACAAGCCACAAACCCCAAUGGUGAGCAGUGGCUCAAAGACUACGGAGACUUCUCGAGGUGUUAUCUUUACGGCGUUGGAUGUGGUGGAAACAUCGUGCUAUAUUCGAGUUUAAAGACAGACUUGAUGAAAUUGAAGCCAUUGAAGAUUGCUGGGAUUAUAAUGAACCAACCCAUGCUUGGAGGUAUACAAAGAACUGAAUCAGAGCUGCGAUACGCUACGGAUGAGAUUUUGCCUCUGCCUGUGCUCGACCUAUUGUGGGAACUUGCUUUGCCAAAAUCGAUUAAUCGGGACCAUCGGUAUUGUAAUCCCAUGGUGCAAGGCCCACACAAGCAGAUGAUUAGUACACUAAAAAGGUGUUUGGUUACUGGGUUUAGUGGGGACCCGAUGAUUGAUCGGCAACAGGAGUUUGUGGAGAUGUUGGUAGCGUGUGGGGUCCAGGUUGAGGCAUGUUUCGAUGAUUAUGGGUUCCACAAUAUUGAUCUCGUGGACCCUAGACGGGCCAAUGAACUUUUAAAUAUUGUUAGAGAAUUCAUGUUUCGAUGA